GAUGAGAUCAAAGUCCUCAUUGGCUCUGACGCAGAACAGGGUGUGACACGACUGAGACUUUCACACCCUCACACCCUCACACACACACACACACACACACACACACACACUCCAGCAGUGACACACACACACACAGAGCGCUGCUGAACCACUUCUUCAACACGACAUGAGCUUUCAGACCAAACCCGACAGCGGCAAGAAGAGAGCCGUCCUGAAAGAUAACAGCUGGAUCAGAAGAAACCCGGAGGAGGACGAGCUCGUCGAUUCUGAUCCUAAUCCUGGUAAAGUGGUUCUGGGUCAGCGGAGGUCAGGGGAGGAUGUCGACAGCAAAGCGCCGGAGGCCGAUCAAACCUCGGAGAACUCCGGGACGUCCGUCAGCUCUUUAACCCGGAGAUUUGGUGGCAGUCAGGAGCUGCUCAACAAAAGCAGCAGCAUGAACACUAAGAGCGUCUCCAAACCUCCAGUCCCUGUGAAGAACCCGGGGCUCAAGUCUCCCAGCAGCUCCAGCUUCACAGCGAGAGUGUUCUCCGGAGCAAACUCCAGCAAACCGUCAAGUCCUGUCAAACGAACCUUUGGUGAGAAGCUUCCAGAGGUCACAGCAUCUCUAAACACUAACGGCGUCUCGCAGACAGCGGCUCCUUCAGACACGUCCACCGAGGUGAAGAGUCCAGUGAUCCAGCCGGCCGUCAGGAGCCCGAUCAGGAGUGAAAGUGAGUCCGUCUCGUCGCUGGUGUCCUCAUCCUCAACGCCGUCGGCUCAAACCGUCAUCACAACCAAAAAAACCUCCUCCUGGAGGCUGGAAGAGACUCCAAAACCCACAGAGAAGCCCUCGGUGGACCUGAAGCUCAGUGACUUCAGUUAUUCUUCAGCUGGAUCUCCGUCGUCUCCGCCGGCCGUGACUCUGAAAACAAGCUACAGCUAUCAGACCAACAGCGCUCCGCUGGACGAUCUCGCAGACACUCUACUGCUGAGCCGUUCUGAAAGCGUUCAGUCUCAACCCGUCAGAUCACAAACACAAGUGAAGUCUGUUUAUUCAGAGACUCCUGCUUCCUCCCAGACUCUCCGUUCUCCUCUUCAGGAGUCCAGCAGAACACAAGUGAAGUCUGUUUAUUCAGAGACUCCUGCUUCCUCCCAGACUCUCCGUUCCUCUCUUCAGGAGUCCAGCAGGACGCUCAGCAGCCGGGACGUGUGUACGGUCUGCGGGAAGCCCAUCGCUGGAUCAGAGAAGAUGAUUCUAGAAGAUCUGAAGAUCAUCAGCCAUACGUCCUGCUUCAGGUGUGCAGUGUGUCGCUGUGACCUCGGCGGUCUGGAGGCGGGGAAGUCUCUCUGGGUUUAUCGGGAGCGAGUGAACUGUGUAAACUGCUACAGCAAAACCAGAGGUCAGUGGUAUAUCUGAGACAGACGGGCAUCAAUCUACAAGAUGAGACCGAAUAUUAAUAAAGACAUUAAUAAUUCAAUAAUAAACAAUACUUCAGCACAGCUGAUCUGAUAUAGUACAGCUGGUCUAGGUGUUCGAUGGCAGAAGGAUGUGAGGCAUGCUUUGUGUUAUAUUCUUGAGGAAAAUGUUUACACGGUUUUUAUGUUAAUGCUUUCUUGAGGUUAUUAAUGGGCAAAACUGAUCACUGGUGAGAUUGUACUCAAACAUGAAAUUCAUUUGAGUGUAACUGACAUUAAUGUUCAACGGAAAACAUGAUACGCACAUAAUAAAACUAUUCUGAUUCUAACAAGA